CAUUCUGGAGUCUUCUUCGAUGUUGCAGAUUUUGUUUCAUUCUUCGACAAAUCGCAAAGCAAGCGUGACACUUUGUCCGACCGAUCAAACUAUUCUAUGUGCCACAUAUUCUUACGUUUUUGUAGUGAUCCGUGUUUACCACUCCUUUUAAAUAAAAGUCUCUAUACACAUACACAAACACACACCUUAUACCAUAUGUAGAUAUAUCUAUAGAUAUAACAGGUGCAAAAAUCUGUGCGAAAGUCUCAUAAAACGACCACUGGUGCUCAAUUCUUAUUCCUCUUCCUCAUUGUGAAAGUCGUACUACAUGUGUGUGCCUGUGGAUUUCUCUUCUUCAUUCUUCCUUUUUCUUUGAAUAUUUUUCUUUCUUCUCACUUUAUACAUCCUGCAUACUUUUCGAACACUUAACUGUGACACAUUUAUAUUUAGCGAACUCUCAUUCGUAUAAUGAACGAAGUAACGAAUCAGGAUGAGAUACAUAUGACAACGCAUGAACUUAUUGCACAUCACGGCUAUAUACCUGAAACUCAUAAUAUUUGGACAGAGGACGAUUAUUGUCUUACUAUACAUAGAAUUAAAGCACCUGAUACGUCUAAUGUAUAUUCGACAAAUACCUAUGCCACAACGAACACAGAACAAGCUGUUAUUAACAGCUUAGAAAAAUCGACUGAAUCGAAUCUGAAAUCAAUCUGUUCUAAAUAUAGCCCAUUAUCAAAACCACCAGUUAUAAUAAAUCAUGGAGCCCUUUCAAGUUCUGCAGAUUGGGUUUUACUUGGCCCACAAAAAGCUCUUGGAUAUAUUUUGUGUCAAGCUGGAUACGAUGUGUGGCUUGCAAAUGCACGUGGUAAUAAAUAUUCUAGAAAGCAUAAAAUCUAUACACCAAAGGAUAAGAAGUUCUGGGAUUUUAGUUGGCACGAGAUAGGAUAUUAUGAUAUACCAGCGAUAAUAGAUUAUGUUUUGGAAAAAACUGGCUAUUCAGAAGUGUCUUAUAUUGGAUAUAGUCAAGGAACAACUACAUUUUUUGUAAUGGGAAGCGAACGACCAGAAUAUAAUGCCAAAGUUAAAGUAAUGGUCAGUUUAGCACCAAUAGCUUUUAUAUCUAACCAACGAAGUCCUUUAUUGAAAUGUGUUGUACAUUUCUAUAAUUUAGUGGAGUGGGGUUCUUCUUAUUGCAACAUACAUCAGUGGUUCCCUCACAACAAAUUACAGGCACGUGCUUUUGGUACAAUUCUUCGCAAUGCUCCUAGUGCAUUAACAAAUGGUGUUUGUAAUUGUUGGUUUAAUUUAAUUGCUGGAUUUGGUAGUAAUCAGCUUGAUAAAUGCAUGUUACCCCUUAUCUUUGGACACUUUCCAGCUGGUGCAUCAGCCAAACAAGUAGUUCAUUACAGUCAAUCCAUUUUAUCAGGAUCAUUUAGAAACUUUGAUUAUGGGCUUACCGAAAAUUUAAAAAUAUAUGGUUCUACUCAACCACCAAAAUAUAAUUUAGAAAAAGUAAAGGUUCCAGUGGCUAUUUUUUAUGCAGAAAAUGAUUUUUUGACACAUUCUUUGGAUAUACAAAAAACUAUAGAUAAGUUACCUAAUGUGAUAGAGACGAACAAAAUAGAAUAUUUAAAGUUUAAUCAUAUUGACUUUCUAUGGGGAAGAGAUGCUAAAACACUUGUAUAUAAUAAUGUUGUAGCAGUAUUAAAACGAUUCUAAUAAUA